AUGUUUGCUGUAGAUAACGCCAACACAUCGAGAGUGGCUGUCGUCGGCCGUAGGGGUCGUUCCGUCGAGAUUGGCGGCGCCCAGACCUCAUCCACUCAAUCUCCCAACCAUUUGAAUGAUACCAAAGCGAUCGCAUCGACAUCAUUGCAACCACAGCCAUCCACAUCAAAGGUCACUCAUUCGCCGCAUAUGAUGUCCGGCGCCGCCUCUUCUGCGGUCAACAUCGGCUCAAAGAGUGGUAAACUGAAUGAAUCCAAUCGGAGUUCGUUGAGUAGUGAAGGUUUUUGCGAGACAGAGAAUGAGACCUUUGAUGAGGCGAUGGCACCCAUUGAGUCCACCUCUAAGCUGCCCGAAGCUGUCAGGUCUGCCGCCGCCGUUGUCAACGCUGUCUUGAGGGACAGCAGCAGUGAUAGCACUGAUAUGAUUGCCGACGAAAACGGCAGUGAUCUGAGCGCCGACUGCGGCGUUAGUGUCAACCCUCUGGACGCCAACAGCAAUGCCGUCAAUAACGCGCCGCCCGUCGACAGAGCGGUGGCCAAAGAGGUGAAUGAAUACGAGUUAUAUUAUUACGACCCGAAGGCCAACGAGAAUAAGAACGGAAACUCAUUGACCGUCAAAAUACAAGCCCUGAAGACCGCGAAAGUGGAUGAAAAUGAAAGCGUGAGUGUUGUGGUCAAUAAGAUUGAAGAUCCCAUUGAAGUGCUGUUCGCCAGAGCGGAGGCACUGCACGCUCACGGAAGGACUCUCGAGGCGUGUCUGUUGGCCGUCAAAUUGGCCGAAGAGUUACUCUCCAAUCCGCCCAAUCUGUUAAUCGAGACGCCGAGUCCGCCCGCGCGCGGCAAACGUAACCGUCGUUUCAAUCCGGUCUGCCAUCAGGUCUCGCUUCUGGUGUCGGCCACGCUGUCGAUCCGCCGGAAGAACACGAGUCACAACCCGCUCUUGAGGCUGAUAGUGAUGGACCGGAAGGCUCACCCAGACAAACCAGACCUCUAG